AUGGGCGCAUCACAUCCUACACCAGCUAUAAUAACUGGUGAUCAAGCAUUUGUUACUGGUAGCACAGUAGAAAAGCAACAAUAUGUUCGACAUUUUGCAAAUGAAAUAAUUCAAGAUAUUGAUAUUAUGAUUGUCGAAGGUUAUAUCGAAUCAUUCGAAACAUUAAUACCAACAACUGCACCUGGUUUCGUACAAGUAAAAUUCGAUGGUGUUCAAAGAUUACGUAAAGAAGCAGUAUUAGAAGCAAAAGAAAACAUACGUGGAGUAGCGUGCUUAAAUGGUUUAAAAAUUAAAGAAAAACAUGCAAAAAAUGAAGAGUGCGAUGCCCCACCAUUCUCGACUGCAAAAAUCCAUAGCACAACGGAGGUAGGAAAAGCAAGUGUAGCCCUAGUAUCUCAUGUAGAUAUUUACCAUUCCGAUCAACAAUUUCGACAAAUAUUAAAUACUAUCAAAUGGCAACAGCAACCGGAACAGGAACCCUAUUUUCAACAGAUAAAACAAAAAUAUAAAGACUGUUGUCUACAAUUUAUGCCAUUUCUUAAACAAUUUCUUGAACUACUCAAUACAUCAUUAUUUCAAUCGCUCAUGAUUCCAUCUGAGAUAGCAGCAGCCUCUAAGAUAAUCGCUUUAACUGGUCCAGCGUAUAAUCAUCGUUUACAUAAAUCGCAUCAACAACAAAUUCGAUCAUUAUUAGAUUUCUAUGAUAAACAUAAACAACUUGCGACACCAAAAAUCUACAAAGCUUUUAGUCAACAUGGGAAUUAUGCUUUCCCUACACUCGGUGACAACGUUCCAUGUUUACAGUUGAGAUUUUGGCCCGAUGAUAUUAAACCAUUUCUAGAACGAUUUCGACAACAACGACCUUUUCUCUACGAGAAAAUCAUUCCUUCAACAUCAAUGCAUAUUAUCGCAAAAUGGUCAGACAAAACGCUACCAGAAUCUGAUAAAGAUUUAGAAUUUCGGUAUUCAUUUUCAGCUUUAGAACGUCUGCUGGCUGAAAAUCGAACACGUAACGAAGAAGUGCUGAAUGGAAUUGCAAGGUAUUUCGUUGGAGAUGCUUGCAAACCGGAAGAUAAUUCGGAACUACCAGUACUUAUUCCAUCUUAUUUUAUAAAGACAACAGUUUUAUGGAUGAGUGAAACAAUGAAUAUAAGUGAAAUCAAUGAGCCAAGUCAAUUAGCCAGAUUAUGGUUAGAUUUUGCCUCUCACAAGCUACUUCAACGCUCAUGUCCACAUUAUUUUAUUGAAAAGUUAAAUAUCUUAGAACCCUAUUCACAUGAACAGUUGGAUUGUGCGUAUCAAAUACUGAAAGCAGUAGAUAUAAAUGAAUCGACACCGUUGAAAAUAUUAAACCAUCAACAACAAUUAAUCGAGCAAAAUAAUAAAGAGAUUGAACAAUUUUUUCGCCAAAUUAAAGUCAGAGAUUUCCGUGCCGUAGUAGAGGAUUACACUCAAUUAAAAAAGGAAUGUUGUUGGAUCGACGAUGGCAAGGAAAAUGAUCUUCGAGAAUGUUUAUUUAUUUUAAAUCGUUUAGUUUAUGUUGACGGUUGGGAUAAACAAAACUGGACUUUAUUUCGUCAAUUAUUUCUUGAUCAAGAUGAAUCUAAUUGGGAUGCAUCAUUGUUUGGUGAAGAAGGCAUCAAAAAGCCCUCUGAACUUGCCGUACAAUUAAUGUUUCUUAGUAAUCUAUUAACGACGAUCAAUAACGGUAUCUCGAAUCCAACAUUCAAUGGUCAACCACAUCAAUAUGAUCAAAUUGAUGUAGAUGGUUUUCGUAAUGUGUGCACAGAUUUACUUAAACCAGAAACUCAUGAACACGCCAUAAUAACUUCACAAAUACCGCCAUUUUUACAAUUACCAUUUUCUGAAAAUCAACCAGACGAAAUGUCACCUCUUGCGCAACAUAAAAAUCGAACUGUACUAGAGUGUCAUCCACAUGGCCCGGGGACAGAUCCACUAGAUGAUCACAAGCAAUUCUUAUCAGAAUUGCAACAACGUGAUAUAUUUUUACCACAAUAUCUAACCA